AUGACAAAGUUCAUAGCCAGUGCUGAAACCAGGUUUCAAAACCAAGAGGCUUCAAUAAAGAACUUGGAAAAUCAGGUUGGGCAGUUGGCACAAUUGAUCUCAACAAGGAUACCGGGCACACUACCAAGCAAUAUAGAGGUGAAUCCACGAGAACAAGUGCAAGCUAUCACUUUAAGAAGUGGUAUGGAGCUUCCAAAAGUAGAGAAGAAAGCAAGGGCUGAACCCAAGGCAGAUGCAACCCUUGAAGCCGGGAACCAGAAGAAGGAGCAAUCUGAACCUUUACAUAUUAAUAUUCCUUUUGCUGAUGCUUUAGCCCAGAUCCCCCAUUAUGCAAAAUUUUUGAAGGAAUUAUUGGCAAACAAAAGGAAAUUGGGAGAUGUGGCUACGAUUGCUUUAAAUGAAGAAUGCUCGGCAAUCCUUCUUAACAAGCUGCCUCAAAAGCUUAAAGAUCUAGAGAGUUUCACUAUCCCUUGCACUAUAAGCAGUUUAAAAAUUGAAAAAGUAUUAUGUGAUUUGGGAGCAAGCAUAAAUUUAAUGCCAUACUCGGUUUUCAAAAAAUUGGGAUUAGGAGAGCCCCAAUCCACCAGAGUAGCAUUGCAAUUGGCUGAUAGGUCCAUUAAGCAUCCUAGGGGGAUUAUAGAAGAUGUGUUGGUUAAAGUAGAUAAAUUCAUUUUUCUCAUUGAUUUCAUUGUAUUAGACAUGCAAGAAGAUGUGGAUAUCCCUCUCAUCCUAGGGAGACCUUUCCUGGCUACCGGGAAGGCAAUGAUUGAUGUCCAACAAGGACAACUCAGCCUUAGGAUACAAGAUGAGGAAAUGAUUUUUAAAAUGUUUGAUGCCAUGAAACAUGCACCAUCUAGUGAUGACUCUUGUUACAUGAUUAAUGCUAUUGAUGAUGCAGUUAAUGAUUGCUUCCAGGUGAGUAGAUCGGCUAGCCCUCUUGAACCCUGCCUACAACAAGGAGAAGUUGAAAUGGGAGAAAAUGAGGAAAUAAACCUCAUGAUGGCAUACUUGAAUGAUAAGCCUCAGUUCAAAGGGAAGGGAUUUCUCAAGUUAGAAAACUUAGGCAAAACUCCUAUACCAACAGGGAAGCCAUCAUCUCAAGAACCCCCACCCUUGAACUGA